UUAGCUUUGCUGUGUUAUCAACAACAACGAAUGCUAGACAUUAUAUCAGUAAUAUUCAAUAGUAUUUAAAAAGGUGAAUGUCUUCCAGCUAAAUCCACAAGCGAAAUUGCGGGCUAGAGUUGUUUGGGUGCUCACGCUAGCAUGUAGCAUAUACGCUAACAUUUAGAGAACCAAUUUUUUUUUUUAAAGCAGGAAACGAAUGAUUGGACAUGAGCAGGGUUUUUUUUAAAUAAUUUUUAUUAUGAACACCACCAAUACAGAAAUAUACAAACAAGAGUACAUAAACCUUACAGACAGGUGUAUUACAUAUCAAUAUUCAUUUUCAAUUUCAAUUUGUUAAAUACUUUUAUGGUGCGUAUUGCUUUUUUGUUUUUACAUUUCUGAUAGAACUGAAAUUCUAUCUUAAAUAAUGUGAAAAGGGGUUUGUUCUCUGCCCACUUCAUUUUAUGGAUAAAGAAUCUUCCGUGAAAGAUAAACAAAUUAACAAUGGAAGUUAAAUCAGGGUCCAUAUCAUUUGGAUCAAAAUAAAACAUAAUAUCAUAGUCUCUCAGAUUAAUAUUAAGUCGUUUCUUUUCAAAUAAAAUUAACUCACUCCAAAGUCUUCUGACAUAAGAACAGUCCCAAAAUAAAUGGUCAAGAGUUUUUGGGUCACAACCACAAAAUACACAUUUGUUAUCAAUAGCUAUUUUAAAUCUGUGUAUAAUAAAGGUCUUUACAGGAUAGAUUCUAUGAAUAAGUUUGUAUGAUACUUCUUUCACCUUAUUAGAUAUACAAUAUUUACCAGACAACAACGAAACUUUGUUCCAGUUCACUUGUCCUAGGGCUGCAUUCCAGUACAUUUUAGCAGAGGGAAUAGUAACAUAUUGACAUAGUUUCCUUAUAUACAUGUUAUUACAUUUAUAGUUUAAAAUGUAAAUUCCUUCUAGUUGUAUUGAGGCUACAAAAUCCUCAACAGUUGCACUUGGAGUGUUGUUGUAUUCUCCUACAAGAAGAAUAGCACCUUUAGGGAUAGCUCUAACAACAAUUUGAUACUCCUUAGGAGUGAAUGUAACAUUGUGUGUUCUCAUAAAUUCUGGAUAAUCAUAUAGUUGUCCAUCAUUAUUCAAUAAUUGUUUAACCCAAAUAAUGUUGUCAAACCAGUUCUGGAAAAUUAAAGACUUGUUUUUGUAUUUUUGGACAUCAGCAGGUGUUCUUGAAACAACAUGAUGGAGUCGUCCACUAAAUGUAAUGCUGCUUGGGUGAGGAUGGUAAAUGGCCAUUGCUAGCUAGCCAACUACUGUAACUUGCUAAUGCAUGUCACCCAUCUGUAAACUUAACUGUACGUUAAUCGGUACGCAUUUACCUCAGUACUGACCCAAAACACAGGACUGGUGUCAUGAAGUUGUGUGUGAGAGUGUAGCAUUGAUGUAGAGAUGUACUCACAGCCCUGGUGAUGUUUCAGGAAAAGCCAAGCGAAGGCACUUGAGCUUAGACGAGUUUCGUGAAAUUAGUAGGAGACCAGAGGGCAGCCAACACCUCACACUGCCCCACUCUGUCACUCUCAGGCACAGCAAUUCAUACCCCAACCCGGGGGUUGUACCCCAGAACACCCACAAAGAGAGAGAUGCGAGUGAUGACCAGCAGCAGGGGAUCACUCAGUUUUUCCCCUGUGAACGGUGUGGUCAGGGUGUUCAGUCCUCAGAAAGCAGCCCUGUCCCAGGGUUCAGGUUCCAUAAAACCGAGGGACUCAAUGAAGAGCUCAUCCCCUAAAUGGAGACUGAGGAGGCACUAGCCACCCCUAUGAAGGAGGAACCUGAGGAUGAGAAGGUGGACUAUCUGGAGGGGCUGACAACGGACAUGUUUGGGGACGACAAGGAGUUUGAGCGCUGUUGGUCAGAUCCAGCCCCAGCCUUUAUGAAUCACCAUGAGGAGGAGGUGGAGGCCCUGCCUGACGCCCUCUACGGCCUCUUGGGAUGUCUUUGGGCCCUGUGUGUAGUUUGUGCCCUGGAAGAAGCUGCAUUACCGCUACACGAAGAAGGAGACUGACGCCGUGAAGGAGAUCAACGUCAUCCUGGAAACCCAUAGAAUCAUAAAGAAUAACCAGGAGAGCUUCCUCCAUAUAGUCGAGUAAGGACUCUUUACUUUAAACUGUUCCUUUGGGCCAUUUCUGAUCUAUUCUGUGUGUGUGUGUGUGUUUUUUAUUUUUAUUUUCCAGGUUCAUGGCCCAGUAUAAGCCCAGUCAGAGGGUGAAGCCUGGGGCAGUGUUACAGAGUGUGAGGACACAUCGUCUGUUCCCUCGUCUGAGGCCUGCAUUAAAACAGACUCCCAAAAAAUGGAGGGUAUCGAGGGGGUACGUAGCCCCACACGUACUCUGUGAUGGCGCUCCCUUCAGCCAGCGCCAUCACAGAGUACCUCAGCGCCAUGGCAACCAUGCUGCUCGCCAUGAGGAGGAACGACAUCAACAUCAGAAACAGGUGGCACUACAUCUUCUACGUCCUUCACCUGAUGGAGAACGCCCUGCCCACAGCAAUAACCAAUCAGAGUGGGAGAGUCCAGGUUCAGGUGACCCACAAACAGCAGAUCCUCAACCACGACAUCCAUAGAGACCACGUGGUCAAGAUCAUGGCCUUCGCCGGUACCGCCAGACCGCUACUACCAACAUCAUGCCACAGCUGUGUUUUUACAGAAAACAAGUUAGAUAUAGAGUUGGUACUUUUGCUAGCAUUCUCUGAAUUGUCGCUAGAGGGCACCCUCUCCCUGUCAGUUCAGCUCAGUCUGUGAUUCAUCAGUUUAGGAUGAGGAUACUCUUUCUAUAUCGUGACAAUUGUCAAAUCAAACUUUGUCACAUGCACCGAAUACAACAAGUGUAGACUUUACUGUGAAAUGCUUACUUACAAGCCCUUAACCAACAGUGCAGUUC